GCGGGGGAAAGCCACUCCUCUGCCGCCGUGACAUCAGGCCGGAGAAACUCGGUGACCGGCGAGGGGUCAAAUUCCCGGCGCAGGUAGCGCCGGCUGCGCUUCCGCGCUGCGCCUGGGGAGGAGUCUGCCCGCACACGGCCACCCCGCUGCUCCCCCGGCCCCGGGGACACCCCCGGCCCUGCCCUUACACACACCAUGAAGUCGGAGCAGGAGGAGAGCAAGCCGGGGACGUGCCGCCGCGAGCGCGGCUUCGCCUCACGCCCGGCCUAUUGUUCGGCUUCCUGGGGACGGCGAGGGGCGGCCGGGGACGAUGCGAGGGGCAGGGCGCCGUGCCCCUGCUUGGCCCACGCAGCACUGCUGAGGGAGGAGGUGGCUCAGCUGCAGGAGGAGGUUCACCUGCUCCGGCAAAUGAAGGAAAUGCUCACAAAAGACUUGGAGGAGACCCACGGCAGCAAGUCCCCCGAGGUGCUCUCGGCCACCGAGCUGAAGGUGCAGCUGGCACAGAAGGAGCAGGAGCUGGCACGUGCCAAGGAGGCUCUGCAGGCCAUGAAAGCCGACCGCAAGCGCUUGAAGGCAGAGAAGACAGACCUGGUGAGCCAGAUGCAGCAGCUGUACGCCACGCUGGAGAGCCGCGAGGAGCAGCUCCGCGACUUCAUCCGCAACUACGAGCAGCACAGGAAAGAGAGCGAGGAUGCAGUGAAAGCCCUGGCCAAGGAGAAGGAUCUCCUGGAGCGGGAGAAGUGGGAACUGCGGCGGCAAGCCAAGGAGGCGACCGACCACGCCAGUGCCCUCCGCUCCCAGCUCGACCUGAAGGACAACCGCAUGAAGGAGCUGGAGGCCGAGCUGGCCAUGGCCAAGCAGUCCCUCGCCACGCUGACCAAGGACGUCCCCAAGCGCCACUCCUUGGCCAUGCCCGGCGAGACGGUGCUGAACGGCAACCAGGAGUGGGUGAUGCAGGCUGACCUGCCGCUCACCGCCGCCAUCCGGCAGAGCCAGCAGACCCUCUACCACUCACACCCCCAGCACUCAGCAGACCGGCAAGCAGUCAGAGUGAGCCCGUGUCAUUCCCGGCAGCCGUCCAUCAUCUCCGACGCCUCCGCGGCCGAGGGCGACCGCUCGUCCACCCCCAGCGACAUCAACUCGCCCCGGCAUCGAACGCACUCGCUCUGCAACGGAGACAGUCCUGGACCGGUACAGAAGAACUUGCACAACCCAAUUGUACAGUCUCUAGAGGAUCUGGAAGACCAAAAACGGAAAAAGAAGAAAGAGAAGAUGGGCUUUGGCUCCAUCUCCAGGGUGUUUGCCAGGGGGAAGCAACGCAAGUCCCUCGACCCCGGGCUCUUCGACGGUACGGCCCCCGACUACUACAUCGAGGAGGAUGCGGACUGGUGACCUCUCCCCAGCCCCCCCAUGGCCCAUGUACAUACCCCCCAGCCCAGCCCUGCCUGUGGACGUGUUACCUGUUGUCUUGGGAGCGAUGCAGCUGUGUCUGUAACUUCAGUUUUCAUCCCCUUUCUCUUUUUGUUGUGUGUGUUUCCUUCCCCCUCUCCCCCCACACACUCGGUAACUCCUUUGUUGUCGCUUCAGUUUGUCACUUUGGGUUUGUUUUCUUUCCUUCUUUUCCUUUUUGAGGUGUUUCUUUUCCCCCUUUUCCCUCUUUUGAACGAAAACUUGAAACUUGAAGGACUGCUGUGUCUCUGUAAAUACCAGAUUUCUUGUGCACUUUGUGCUUUCUGUGACGUCCCUUGUCCAAACCCCGCUGUUUUAUUCUGGAGCCCAGCCUACCCGGGGUGGGGAUUACCCUCACUUUGAGGACCCAAGGACCUGCUCAGCUGAAGAGACCUUAGAGAGAAAACAACACAAACAACACACACAGAGGCAAAACACAAAGAAGAAACAAAUCUCUCACUUGCUGUGAUGUCUUCCUGGCUGAAAACCCCACUGAGGCUACACACGGGCUGCUUUGGGACCCCCCCGCCGGUCUGGGAAAGAAGUUUGUGUUGAAAAACCUUCCUUUUUAAGUUGUUUUUAAUUUAUUUUGCACAAACCCAGAGAGGAGCUAUUGUUAACUAAAUUAUUGCAGAAGUUUUUUGGGAUUUUUCUAUUUUUCCACGUCGGUUGGGAUGGGGGAAGGGGGAGGAGUUGAAAAAAGGGGGCUGUGUUUGUACUGUACUUGUCCUGGGAAGCUGCUGCCUGUGGGGGUUGGAGCAUGGAAACCAUCCCCCCCUCCCUUUCUCCCCCUAACCUCAGGCUCCCCAUGCCCCCAGGAGCACUUAAACCUAAAUACAUGCCUGGACAUGAGCUGUGGGGGGUGGGAAGCUUGGGGGGGAGCUUCACCCACUGUUUUUUCCCCUGCAUUUAGAGGGGCUUGGCCUUUGCUUCCAGUCCACACUGGGGAAGGGAGGAGGGGGAAAUCCUGGCACCUCGCUCCCUUUUGGAGUGUUCCUGCACUCAGACAGAGGGGCAGGGGAAUUGGUACGAGGUUUUUCUGGCACAGGGGGUGAUUUUUAAGCACAGGCUUCACUUGUGUUUCCAAAUCCCCUGGAAUUUGCCCCAAAAGUGGCCGCUUCCCCCCCUCUCUCUCCACUAACACGCGCCGCGCUCUGCUUAUGCCAAGAUAAGUACCUUAUGCUUUAAUGCUUACAAUAUCAUUUUAAGCUCUUAAGAAACAAACAAAACAAAUGUAUUAAGAUUUAUUUAAUGAUGUUAUCACAGUGUAUUCCCUUUUUUUUUUAAUUUUUAAUUCAUCCCCAUCCUCGUGCCCUGGUUGAAAACAACAAAAACCAAACAAAAAAGGGGGAUUUAGGUCUUAAAUCACCCCCCUGAAGCACCGAUGCCCUCAGCUCUGUGUUUACUGCUAAGGGGGGUGAUGAUACAGAGGGACCAGCUCCCAGGGAAGACCUGGGGGUGGCCAGGUUUGCCCAGUGGCAUUUUUCUCUACAAAGAAGCAUUUUGAUACAUUGUGU